UCAACCUUUUCAGCUGCCAACAUUUUUUUUUGACGGUCUCUAUCAAAGUUAGUGUGAAUAAUCAUAUAUGGCGCAAUUUUAUUGUCUCUUCACUCCUUUUUGUUUUCUACAUUUUAUACUUACAUAACUUCGCAUUUUUAAUUGAGCAGCUGUUUAGUUUCUGUGUUCAUAAUUUUUCUUCUGAGUUUUGGGUUUUAUUCAGAAGAUCGUUGUUGUUUAAACUAAAAAUUAAAAAUGGGUUGUGGGAAUUCAAAAGACGAAAUGAAAUUGUCUUCGUCUGAUAAUUUCUCUCUCCUUGCGGCAGAUACUGUUUUUACUGUGGAUGAAGUGGAUCUUUUAUUUGACUUAUUCAAUAAACUCAGCAACUCUGUUGUCAAAGAUGGUUUUAUUCAAAAGGAAGAACUUCAACUUGCAUUAUUUAAGAAUAGUAUGAAGAGAAGCCUUUUUCUGGACAGAAUGUUUGAUCUCUUUGAUGUCAACCAAAAUGGCUGCAUUGAGUUUGGAGAGUUUGUUCAAUCAUUGAGUGUCUUUCACCCUAGCACUCCUGACAAAGAUAAAAUGAAGUAUGCAUUUCGGUUGUAUGACCUAAGAGGAACUGGCUAUAUUGAACAUGAAGAAUUGAAAGAAAUGGUGGUGGCCCUUCUGCAGGAAUCAGACAUGCAUCUCUCAAGUGAUAUCGUUGAAGCCAUUGUUGACACGACAUUCAAAGAAACAGAUUUAAAAGGUGACGGGAAAAUCGACAUGGAAGAGUGGGAAGAAUAUGUAGCGAAAAAUCCCAAACUGCUAACUAACAUGACUCUUCCCUAUCUGAUGGAUGUUAAUCUUGCUUUUCCGAGCUUUGUGAUGAACAAAGAAGCUGAAUGCUUAGAGAGAAAGGGACCGGAGGAAUAGACACAAGUUCUUUCCUUUGACAUGAUUCAAAGAAGCUGCGUGUUUAUUGUUUAGUUGAAGCUCGUAGGGGAAUAGAAUCUCUGCAUAAAUGCAGGGGUUAGAUGUACUGGUAAGAUAGCUUUCAUGACUGUAUGAGCAAUGGUGUUGAUCCAUUUGCGCACUGGACUAAUGGAGUAAUGGCCAGAUUUGUAGCAGUCUAGCAGAUGAUGUGCAUACUGCACGGAUGCGUUAUAUGCUAUGAGGUGUGAAAAUCAUACUCCAUAGCAUCUACAUACUGCUUCAAUGUAAAUGGAACUUUUGUAUGGUAACAUUCACAAACUUUUCAUAAGCAACCUCGCAGUUAUUAGUUAUCUGAGUAUUUUCAAA